CAUCCAGUCUGCUCGCCAUCCAAUUCGAAUCCAGAUCGAGAAGAGAGGACCGCCAUGGCCCGUACCAAGCAGACCGCCCGCAAGUCCACCGGCGGCAAGGCCCCCCGGAAGCAGCUCGCCACCAAGGCCGCGAGGAAGUCGGCCCCGACCACCGGCGGCGUCAAGAAGCCCCACCGCUACAGGCCCGGCACGGUGGCGCUGCGCGAGAUCCGCAAGUACCAGAAGAGCACGGAGCUGCUCAUCCGCAAGCUCCCCUUCCAGCGCCUCGUCCGCGAGAUCGCGCAGGACUUCAAGACCGACCUGCGCUUCCAGAGCCACGCCGUGCUCGCGCUCCAGGAGGCCGCCGAGGCCUACCUCGUCGGCCUCUUCGAGGACACCAACCUCUGCGCCAUCCACGCCAAGCGCGUCACCAUCAUGCCCAAGGACAUCCAGCUCGCCCGACGCAUCCGCGGGGAGCGCGCCUAGGCCGUCCAUCUCGCGCCGAUGAAGCCCGUGGUAGAUCGUGAUGGGGAUCAAGUCGUCGUCACCAGCCUAAUUCGUUGAUGCCCCUUCCGGUUUGGUAGUUCCUGUUAAUUUCUGUUUUAGGUCUCGUUCUGUGUUAGAUCAGAUAUGUUCUGAAGUAUUAGACAUUGUCAGUGAUGUUCUUUUGGUUUGCAAUGAAGCAAACGUAUGUUGGAAACUAUUCUUGUUAGCAAGUAAUUCCAUCCUGUGCUUGAUCA